AUGUUGAUCGUUUGUGCUAGCCACCCGGCUCCUUCGGUUCAUUCCGAGUUUCUUUCUGGAUGGCUAUCACUCAACAGUUCCAGAAUGCCUUACCAUUUGAGCUCAACUGGAAGGAACUUCAGAAAGCAAAACAGACAUCAGCCAGCGAUUACCUUUGCAAAAAGUUCUUCAUUGGAAGAUUUAGUCGCCUCUGUAAAGCCAUCUCGUCUUCUGCCAAAAGUGGAACCAAAAACAUUUCCCAAUAGUGUCCCUGAUGAGAUACUAUCAAAACUCAUAUUGGAAGAGUCUGAUGCCUUUUACAUACUAGAGCUGUGCACAAGUAGAGAACUUAGUUCCUCUCUGCUAGAUAAGAACUCUGCAAUCUUAAUCUGCUUAAUCGAUGUUGACAGUGACUCCUUGCUAGAAAGAGUACCAGCAAUCUAUGGGGACCAACCUUCACAUGGCACCAAGGCAUCACAAUUCCUUCCCUUUCAAAGUGGUGCAGUUGAUAUAAUCACCUUUAAAGGUCCCAAAUUGCUGACAAUCAAAGAAAUCUGGAUCGGCCUUGAAUCAGGUUCGUGGAGAUUAGAUGGUUUAAGUCUGAAAGUGAUCCAUGGAGCACUGAACACACCUAAAGAUCUUGAGGGAACACUUGAGCUCAAGUUCAGCGGUUUACAGUUCACUUUCGACAAGCUCGGUGUGCUGCUUGCUGAGGAUGGAGCUUCAGUUGUGGAAGCAAGGCCUACUGCUAUCACUGACCUGUCAGGAAUUAGCAUUUCUGAUCUUCAAGAGGGGCAGCUAUCCUCAGCAAAGACAACCUCAAGCAUUAAGGAAUUGAAGGAAGAUGGACUGAGGGAGUAUGCUGAUCUCAAGCAAUCCUUGCUGCUUUACGACAUAUCUAUUGUUAUAACAGGUUUCUCUGCCUUCACUCUGGCUUCGAAUGAUGGAGCUGCCUACUCGUUCCUCGUCGGUGGGAUUGGAGGGUUGCUGUAUCUAUUGCUGCUCCAAAGAUCUGUGGACGGGUUACCGGCAAUUAGUUCUCCUUCAGAAGCGAGCAGUUCAGAGCCCACUAUGAACUUCAGCGGCGUAAGAAGGCCAUGGUUGAUAUUGUCGAUUGUAAUGGUUGCUGGGGCUGUUGCACUGAAGUACGGUGCUGGUGGUGACAACUUCGAGCUGACUCCGACUGAGCUAUUUGUUGGCACUGCAGGGUUCCUGGCGAACAAGGUUGCUGUUCUUCUGGCAGCAUUCAAACCCUUGCAAAGUAAUUUGGAGAGCGACGAUGGAUCUGUGGACUGAGCUUCUUGACAACAUUGCUCUGAAUAUACUAGCAUAAUGUUAAAAAAGGGGGGUAAAAUUUAACAGAUGUAGGA